UCCAUUGUUUUCUCAACCAUACAAGACUCAGCCAUGGAACUGCCCCAGGGGUAUAACGAUAAACAGAGUGUGGCGGUGUGGGCAAAAGGGGGAAAAUACAGGCUGGAGCCUGAUCACUACAUGGACAUACAGGAAGCUUUUCAGCCAGAUGUUUACCAGGCUUUGUCAGACGGAGACGUGGGAAAAACCACGACCAGGAAAAGGCUGCAGAAGUCCAUCCACAGGACUCUCAGUUUUUUGGACGAGUGUUUGGAGAGACAUCAGAAUUCAGAGGUGUUGAAAAAUGCUGCCAUAUUUGGAGCUAUAGAAGGGGGGUAUCAGAUAGAGGAAAGACUGAAAUCAGCAAAGGAAACUUCUUCUAGGCCAGUUCAAGGGUUUUCUAUUGAAGGGUUUCAGAAUUUUGGACCAAAAACAGAAGAUUUUGAAUUUGAUGAGAUCAAAGAUAUUUUGCAGAAAACUGUGUCUGCAUUAUCUGCUGACCGUCCUCGCCUAAUGCAGGGUGGCUGGAGACCUGACCACGUCUUGUCAGCGGUCAGCUGUGGGGUGGACAUCCUUGACAGCUCGUAUCCCUACAUUGUCACCGAAAGAGGGGAAGCCCAAGUGUUUGAUUUUAAGUUCAGCAGUAGCAAGAGCUGCCAUGGCAUAUCAGGGGAGAUAACUGAGGAAACCAAGGAAAAAACAUAUACUGGGGCAAGUUUUACAAUUGACCUUAAAGAUAAAAGGUACCGCGAGGACUCGAGACCUGUGUUACCUUCCUGUCAGUGUUACUGUUGUCAGACAUUCGCUCGGUCGUACAUCCAUCAUCUACUCAACACCUCAGAACUGCUGGCCAGCGUUCUUCUCAUGAUCCAUAAUUUUCAUCACUACUUUGAGUUUUUCCACACCAUCCGACAAGCAAUUGAUGAGGACAAGUUUGAUGACCUUGUACACCUCAUAAAGAAACAGUCUCCACAGGCUGAGAGAUGACGGCAAUGGCGGCAAUGGCAGCAAUGAGAGAUGGCGGCAAUUAGAGAUGGCAAAGAUGAGAUGACAGCGAUAAAUUCUGGUACCACUUUCAGAGACGAACAGCCGCCAAAGGCUGAGAGAUGACGGAUGGCAGCAAUGAGAGAUGGCAACGAUGAGAUGACAGCGAUGAAUUCUGGUACCACUCUCAGAAACGAACAGUCGCGAAAGGCUGAGAGAUGACGGAUGGCAGCAAUGAGAGAUGGCAACGAUGAGAUGACAGCGAUGAAUUCUGGUACCACUCUCAGAGACGAACAGUUGCCAAAGGCUGAGCAAUGAAUAUCUAGAUCUGCAGGUUCUCGUCAACAAUAAACGCAUGUACAGAAAUUCCCAUCAAUAUUCAGACUAAACACAGAAAUUAAAAUUCUAAAACUUUAUUACAUAAUAAAGUAUAACAAUACACAUUUUAUAUGUACAUCA